AUGGGAGAAAAGAGGCGAGAAAGGAUGAUGCGGCAGCACCUACGAAUAGAACGGGUCUAUAUACGUCUGGCGCUGAGUGGAUCUCGCCUGGAGGCGAAAGAGCCAACGUUGGUCACGAGUGGGGAAGAGCGGCAGUUGAAGCGAACUCAAUGCUGUCUUGGCCACGCACCUCGCUCCACAUCGGGAAAAAGCACAACGGCAGGAGGGCAUGGACCAAGCGUGUCACGCACAUAUGCACGGCAGUCUCGGAAAGUGCCAGUAGGGAAGAGAGAGCAGCGAGGCGGGGCGGUCCAGAAGCGAGAUGCCAAGCAGGACGCCAGCAGCCAGAAAGACAUCCAACCAGCCUCAGUCACCGUCACCGUCACCGACGCCGUCGGCGCUGAGUGGAAAUGGAGUUACGGCCUUUGUCUGUUUGAAAUGGCUGUCUCGGUCCAUCGGCCAAGCGCUCCGAUCUGGCUCACAUUCCUUCUUCUCUCCUUCUUCGUUCCUUCCUUCUCCCUCUCAGAGUGCGUCUGCGAGCUCUCGCUGCUUGCACACCUCUUUCUCUUCGUGCAUGCUCUGAUUGGCGUAGACGUCGAUCAUCAAACCGUGCCACCCGAGUACAAUAACAAGGCUGCUAGGCAUUGA